CUGUGAGUGGAGGGCAAAUUAACACCACACCUGUUGAUCCAGCCCCCUGUGUCAUACAUUCAGCUCAUAGAUUCAUUGAUGAAGGUGAAGAUUCACCCCAAACACAGCGUUCACCACCUAUAAAAUGGGACGACUCCGCAUUACAAUAGCUUGGCUCAUCUUUGGCUUUGGUUAGCAACUCUACAUUCACCUCAUUAUUUCCUGCAUUCUGCUUAAGAGCAUUCAUAGUAUGAAAUGAGUAUGCCUUGCUCACUGGCCAAGACGCCCCACCCCUGUGCAUUCACAGGAACAUCCUUAUUUCCAUCUGUGAAAUCGCUGGAUCGUAUGAGAGGAGCCCAACCAUUUCCAUUUGCACACCCUAGAAAGGAAUGGCUUUAGACCCUCAGAAGACACAGGGCCCACGCAAAUGAUCCCCUUAACUGUUGAUACCACUGCACAAAGUGCAAAGAUAAGAUAAGACUAUGUCGCCCAUUGCAUCAUGUUUUGCUCUCUGUCCCCUUUGAUAACUCAUAUUUGCUCUGCUUAAUGGUUAAUACUGAAAACUGGGGAUUAUAUAAGUCUAGUGCAUAUACAACUCAGCAAGCAGUAGCAUAGACCAGCAGAAUACCAUAAGAGUCUUUUGGAGAUUCUGAACUUUUUGGCAGAAGAACUACCAAUCUCGAUGAAGUACAUUUAUUUCUUCACCUUACUGAUCGUCAUUCAAGUCUAUAGUCAUCACGUCCCAGGACACCACAAUGAACCGGAGAAUGACAAAGAUAAAAUCAUAUUUGAAGAUCAACUUCCUUUUUUGGAAGAAGAACACAGAAAUAAGGCCAGAGGCUAUGAUAUGAUAGCUCCUUAUAAUGCUAACUUUGCAUUCAGUUUCUACAGGCAGAUAGUUUCUGCUGCAAAGGGCAAAAAUGUUUUAUUUUCUCCUCCCAGCAUCUCUACCGCUUUUGCGUUGUUGACCCUGGGUGCCAAAUCUGAAACUCAAAGCCAGAUUUACAAAGGGCUUGCGUUUAACUUGUCAGUGAUUGAGGAAAAUGAGAUACACAAAAGUUUCCAUCAGCUCAUCCAGGUGCUUAACCAACCAAGCAACAAAGCACAUGUAAGCCUAGGGAAUGCCUUGUUCAUAAUGGAGUCUUUGAAGAUACUGCCUAAGUUUCUGGACAAUGCCAAGACCUUGUAUGAAGCUGAAGCCUUUUCUUGCAACUUCAAUGAUUCUGCAGCAGCUGAAAAGCAGAUCAAUGAUUAUGUGCAGAACAAAACCCAUGGGAAAAUAGCCCGUGCAGUUGAGGGCCUUGAUCCAAGUACUGUAAUGGUUGUUGUGAGCUAUAUUUUCUUCAACGCCCAUUGGGAAAACGCGUUUGACACUGACUUGACUACAGAAGAAGAUUUUUUCAUAGAUGCAGACACAACAGUGAAAGUCCACAUGAUGCACCGACAAGGCAAUUACAACUUUCUCCGUGAUGAUGAUCUGUCUUGCUGGGUGGUGGAAGUUCCUUAUAAAGGAGAUGCAUCUGCCUUGUUCAUUCUGCCAGAUGUAGGGAAAAUGGAGCAUGCGGAGGGAACUUUGGGUAUUGAAACAUUGGCUAAAUGGAAAACAUCCUUUACAUACGAAGAAAUACACCUAUACAUUCCAAAAUUUUCCAUUUCUGCAUCCUAUGAUGUCAAAGACAUAUUGCAGAGACUAGGAGUGACUGAUGCCUUCAGUGACAAUGCUGAUCUGUCUGGAAUUACUGGUCAACGUGAUCUGAAAGUUUCCAAAGCUGUUCACAAGACUGUUUUGGAAGUUCAUGAGAGUGGAACUGAAGCAGCUGCUGUCACUGUCAUAGAGAUUUCCCCGAGGUUUGCUGGUCCCAGUACUACCAUCAAAUUGAACACACCCUUCCAGAUGCUAAUUAUUAAUAAACCAACACACACCAUCCUCUUUGCAGGGAAAGUUAUAAACCCAACAGAAUCAUGAUCAUUAGAUCUGCAAUUAAUUUUUUUCUGGAUGUUUAAAAAUGAAUUUUCCACUUUGCAUUAGAAUUAGCCUGACUUCAGUGGUUCUGAGAUUGAAUAAGUCAUGCCUGAAAACUAUUGUUAUAAUAAAAAUGAUUUUAAAAUAUCA